AGGCCGAAUUGUCGACCGACAGCAGCCGGCGAAAACGGCGGCCGCCGCGCAAGGAGUAAGACGGACCCGCUUUGGCCGCAGCGACUGCGGUGGGUCUAAUUGAAUCGCUAUUUUCUCUCCGAGUGCAGGUUCGAAGGGCGCCUCCGAGCAAAAGGAAAGAAUCAACACUCCAAGCGGAAAGAAAUAAAGAGCAUCACACUCAUCGCCCAGUUCACCUUCGCAGUAGCGAACGCAGGAAGAAACUGGUAGAUCGUCAUUCCUAAGGAGAGCCGUCGUGGCCUGCACUUCUCGCUAGCGCUGUCCGACACGUCUCGCAUGCCGUCAUGCACGGGCCCAAAACUUUGUUGUCCGCGCUGAUGCUGCUGGCCGCCGCCACAGUUGGUGCCCAAAAUGACGAAGAGAGUCCGGUCUUCGGAGCUUUUCUGGCGCAGUCCAUGACGGAGGCCCACGAGCACACGGCGGUCAGGAGUUUGUGCGCAAAUUACACCAAGCUGUACCUGCAGGAGCUCAAGAAAUUCACUCUUUGGGCCGUGCUAAUGUACGACUCGACUGCAAAAGUGCCUGACGGCGUUUUGAGCGGAAACGUUUACCAAUUCGGCCACUACGACGGUUGUCUGAAAAUCAAAGUGGAUUUGGGCGACGGCGAAGGAUUCAGAGGCAAACAUUGCCUGGCAAAAAUCAAAUUCGAACCCAAACCCGAGACCUACCCUGAAUAUUUCCUUCCGGCCAAAGAUCCUUUCCGAAUGGAGUUUGGCGCCAAUGAAAGCGCUUGGGAAAAGUUCAAAUACACAGGAGAUUUGAGGAAGCAGCGGCGAGACGCGAUUUACUGGGGCGUCUGCGUUCCGUCCGUGUGCAAUGCAAAAAGCGUUGCCGAAGGAAUAAAAAAUGCAAUCAAACCUCUGCAAGCCAGCAUUGGCGUCAAUGCCAAUGUCGAACUUGACGAGACCAACUGCAAAAUCUAUCAACACGAGACUUUUGAUGAGCUUGACAUUUCUUAUGGGUCUUUGUUGCUGACGUUUAUUUUGUUGGUGCUUAUUUGCACCGCAGUUGACACCUACACUGCGUAUACUGACAAAAUUUGGGAUAGUUUAGGAAUAAGACUUCUGCGCUCGUUUUCGAUCAGAGCCAACUGGAUGGUCUUGGUCCAAGGCCCCGCGCCGCGAGACCACGACGCCGGUGACCUGAGAUCAAUUCAUGGCAUGAGGUUUUUCUCAAUGCUGCUAAUCAUCAUGGGCCAUCGCUGCAUGUUCUCUUUGGGAGGCCCACUUUUCAACCCCGAACUCAUCGAGCAGAUUUACACAUCAGCGGCAAAUAUGAUUCUUUUGAACGGCACAAUUAUUGUCGACACAUUUUUCUUGAUCAGCGGGUUCCUUUCUUGCUACCUCAUGUUGAUAGAGCUUGACAAAAAGAGGAAGGUCAACGUCCCAUUGUUGUACGCGUACAGAUACAUCAGAUUAACUCCGGUCUACGCCAUGGUUGUUGGGUUUUACGCAACUCUUUAUCCGAAAUUGGGCGAUGGCCCCAUGUGGGACCAAAAGGUCGGACUCGAGAGGGACAGGUGCAGGGCCAACUGGUGGGCCAAUUUGCUUUACAUCAACAACUACAUCAAUGCAGAAAAUAUGUGUAUGUUCCAAUCGUGGUUCAUAGCUUGUGACAUGCACUACUUUUUGCUGUCGCCCCUAAUUAUCUACCCUCUCUGGAGGUGGCCCCGACCUGGCAGAGUCCUACUCUUCUCUGUCACUACCCUUUCGGUAAUCAUACCUUUUGCGGAGACCCUGUUGGGAGGACUUGAUGCGGUUCUUCUUCUUUUUAUGAGCACACUGGCUGAUCCAGUUUCGAACAUUACAUUCCGUUCGAUUUACAUCCCCACGCACACCAGAGCAGCUCCUUAUUUCAUUGGAAUGCUUUGGGGUUACGUUCUUUACAAAAUUAGGGCGGACGGAAUCAAAAUCAACAAGAAAAUUGCUGCAGUAAGUUUUGUUUUCCUGCACUUUGUCGCGUUCGGGUGCAUUUUCGGCGCAUGGGCUUUCUACAUCCCCGACAUUCCCCGAUCGGCCCUGGAGAAGGCCCUGUACGGAGGACUGCACAGAGCAGGCUGGGCGAUUUCCAUCGGAUAUCUUAUCGUUUCCUGUUCGCUCAAUUUGGCUGGUCCAUAUCGAGCCCUUCUGUCAUGGAAGCCGUUGGUGCCUUUGGGACGACUGACUUAUUGUGCCUUUUUGGCCCAUUCUGGCGUGCAAAUGUAUCAAUCUGCAACCAUGCGAGUGCCUGAAUACAUGACCUACUUUAAAAUGUACUGGAUGACUUUGGCAGACAUUUCUUUCACCUUUUCUGUUGCGUUGGCCAUUUACAUGCUUUUCGAAGCACCAGUGACUGCGCUGCAGAGAAUAAUUUUCAAGAAAGACCGAAAGGAUGUGAACCAUGAUCAAUCGCCAGUGACAAUUGUUCAAAACGACAUCAGAGAAACAUGCAGAGCGUGAAGGGAAUCAAGAAAUUAUUAUAUUAUUAUUAAAUUAUAAUUUGUCAGCUCAAAGAAUUCCUAGCAUUAACCUAAGUGUCAAGACAAAUCUGUGAUUUUGUCGUAAACUGUCACAAGCCUCAUCUCUAGUCUCCUGUUCAAAUAUCUAACACCUCGAUAUUUAUCUAUGCCAUCGACUCAUUAACUUGGUUGUUAACAAUGUUAAAAUGUUGUCUUCAACUAAAUUAAAAUUAUAUUAC